UGAACUGUGCUAUGUUAUUUUUGUUAUAAAUGAAGAUUUGGUAUCAUCUCUAUCCCAAGCCAGCGUAAAAAAAACAACGACUAAAAUAAAAGCCAAACUUGUCACGAAAAAUCACUUCUAAAAUCAGCAUAAUUAGGUAUCCGAAAGACCUGCGACAUACAAGGUAUGAUGUAAUUCAACCUCAACCUAAUUGCCUCGCGUGUAUUGACUGCGUAGCGCGUGCCUGUGGUAAGCGAAGGGAAACGAGGUCCAAUGUAAUUGACCAAUGAUGAGUGAGCGUUCAGUCAGCUGAUUAGCUGAGUUGUCAAUCGGAAAGGAGCAGGUGAGGGAUAAAAAGGGUCGCAAGGACCAAGGAAUCACACUUUGUUUUCUGCAACUUGACUGUGAUAACCAGCGAGCCCAAUAAACAAAAUCAACAGAAUGUUGCGACAAGAUUUAAACUGUGAUCUCGCACCGGAGCUGUCACCGGGGACCACUUCACCACCAAGAGUAGAAGAUGUCACGCCGGAGGAGAUAAAUACGCAGGAUGUCGUGGAGUCAGAGGAUGACCAGACGUACGGGGAGCUGUCACCGCUCAAGCAGGCCUACUACUACCGCGACCAAACCGACGGAGCGGCCCCCUGCGCUUUCCCAGAAGAAAAUGAAAGAAACAGUAACACGGAUUCGCCGUAUUUGCAGCCCAUGAGAUUCAGGGAUGAUGUCGACGAAGCUUUGCCCGCGCCUGCGAAUUUACAGAACUACCAGAGUUAUCAAACCCAGCACGGUGGGUAUGAUGUUGCCCCAGUCAGCCAAGGAACGUAUCAGGACUCUUCAUACGGUUACCAGAACACGUUGCCUUCCACGGUCGCCGCGCCAAGCUACAGCGCGCCCACUGCCCGAGUUCCGUCUCCGCCGAGCCAGAGUUACCCUCAACAACAACAACAGCAGCAGCAGCAGCAGCAGCAGGGCCAAGGGAAGGCAUGCAUCUACCUCUGCAACCGCGAGCUUUGGUGCAAGUUCCAUCACAACACGACAGAAAUGAUCAUCACGAAACAGGGCCGUCGCAUGUUCCCAACCCUCCAGUUUAGUCUGACCGGUCUUGAUUCCCAGCGCCAUUACAACGUCUUCGUCGACAUGGUAUUGGCCGAUCCCAACCAUUGGAAGUUCCAGGGCGGGAAAUGGGUCCCUUGCGGAGCAGCGGAACAACUUCCGCCAAAUGGUCGUGUUUACCUUCACCCCGACUCACCCAACUCUGGCGCCCACUGGAUGAAACAGGACAUCAUCUUCAGCAAGCUCAAACUCACCAACAACAAGAACUCUAAUCAGGGAUAUAUCGUCUUGAACUCCAUGCACAAGUACCAACCCCGCAUCCACGUGAUUGAGGUGACCACGUGCGGACCACGUGAGCAGAAGAAUCUGCAGACCCAUAGCUUCCCCGAGACUCAGUUCAUCGCCGUCACAGCCUAUCAGAAUACAGACAUAACUCAGCUGAAGAUAGACCACAACCCAUUCGCCAAGGGAUUCCGCGACAACUACGACAGAACCACUGAGCGAACUCCGUCCCCUCCCAUGUCAAACUACAUGCCCGCUAUGCAGCAAGCGACCGUCCACAAUCCAAACGUCAUCCCGCCUACGCUUACUUACCCAGGAAUGCCAAGCAGGAAGCGAUCGCGAUCCCCCUUCAGUGCCCGCGAAACCAACCAAUAUGGCGCCCGACAAGCCCUUCCGGAAACAUACAGCGAUACCUAUUCACCGAACGGGAACUAUUUGGAUGGACAUUACGAUAGUACCUUGCCAUACGCGCAGUAUCCUGGUUACGAGCAGGGCUACAUGGCGCCGCCUGGUGGUUACACGCUACCACAGACAUACGCAAAGCAAACGUACUCAAUCUUGCCAGCAGAGGGAAGCACCGAAACGAAAGAAACGGCAGAAUACGACGUUGCUUGGAUGGAGGGCAAAGGUCAAGGACAGCAGAUUGCCGGUGUUGAAAAUUCGAAGCGACGGAAGUUGUCCACUGAAAAUUCUCCCGAACAGAUCGUCCCGGGAACAGGAGAGUCCAAGACGGACGAACAUCAAAUGUCUUUGUUCCAGGCCCAAGCUCAAGCGUUUUCUUCCUGCGGAGCAGACUCCACCUACCAGAAUUCUUAUUAUCCAGCGACCUCUUUCGCUCACAACACGUACUACAACUCCAUGCCAGAACCACAGAUGACGUACACUUGAACAGUUAUAGACCUUUGAUAAUAAUAUAGUGCUUUAAUUCAGGUGCUCGACCUGGGACGUUUUGUAUGCGUUCUCGGGUAAAAUGGUUCACAGCGCCGCGAACAGCGAGAAACUGUACUACAGGAACACGAGAUCCGCGGCCAUUCAAAUCAGUCAAAUAUGUUUAGAGCGUCCAUGGCCAGUCGGCUUCACUGAGGGUCGGUGAAGAAUGUUACUUAUGCAUAAAUUGCGCUUUUAAAAGGACUAUAAUGGUAAAGCAAAGUUGAAGAAGAACAGAAGUGUAGGCCUAUAAUAUAUCAAAGCCGAACUUUAUUGAUGUUCUUCAGGAGCUGCUGUGGUUCUAACGCUUUGGUAGCCAAUGUUUGCUCAAGCAAAUCUGUGGUGACCUUUGACCCAUGCGGUUUUGUAUAUUACAUGAGGCCUAUAGGUCGUUUGAGCAGUUAACUGCUCGAUUGAGUUUCAGUCCGUGAUUGUUUUUAUAAGAGUCAGCAUUUCAGUGCAUUUAAUAGUAUUGUAUAUAUCACUGCCGUUGUACUGUUUUGACACAUGCCAAGCGUUGUUUUCGGAUGUGCACAGGGAUGUACAUGCGUCAUGUGGCGCCACCUAUGUUGUGUCUGCUCAGAGCUAUACCGUCCAAUAAUGAGUGUUUUUCGUAAUGCAGCAAGUUGCGGAUCAAUUCCACACGUACAAAGACGCGACGUAGAAUCUGUUUUAUCGACGAAUAUGCAAAUGAAUUUAUCCGAGUUGCGAAAAUCCAGGUUUUUAAAAUUGUAUAUAUUUUAUUUAUUUUAUUCCACAAUAUACUAAAUGUAUAUUGAGAAGAUAAAA